ACGAUACAAGUCGAAAGUUACUUUCGCAAGCUGCCCUCUUUUCUUUUUGAUCAGCAGCAAAUAGAACGUCAGCAUUUGGUCAGUCGUCGUCGGAGUGCUUCGAGUCGAGAGUUACUACGACGUCCGUGUGAAUCUUUUUUUCUUCAACUGGGUUACAAUUUAAGCCAUCCUUUUGAAAAUGGCUAAAUGCCUCGCCAUAGGAUGCCCAUCAAACUCAUCACAUGUUCAAGCUCGAUUGCAGGAAAGCUCAUACAAAUUAACUAGAUUUAUGCUAAUGCUCCUUUUCGUUUGCCAGAUAUACAUUCUGUUAUUUGAUUGUAUGGCUUCAUGCAGUAAGGAUUCAGGACAGCUGGACCGGGUGAUGACGUUCCACCACUACAGUGCCAUGUUUGCGCUCGAAGAUGUCUUUUUCGAGAUCGUGUCGCCGGAAGUGCUGCAGUACACCUACCUGAUCCAGGUGACUCGCGAUUUCGGCACCCCUUUCAACUUUACGCUGCGGGGCGCGCGCCUCGUGCCCGCCGACCCGUCGUUCGCCUGCGGACCGCUCGCCAACUGUGACGACAUCGAGGGAGGCGUCGCCUUCGUUCAGAGGGGGGAUUGUCCGUUCGUCGAGAAGGCGAUGAACGCCCAGCUCUGCGGGGCGCGCGCCGUGCUCGUGUUCGACGACGACCCGGAGAAUGUCGAACACUUCAUAGAGAUGACGUCCGAGAGCAAAACAAUGCACCCCACCAUACCCGCGGCGUUCCUGCUCGGAAAGAACGGGUACGUAAUUAUGGAGACGUUGCAGCGACUGCGGCUGAGCCAUGCCGUCAUCAACAUCCCCAUCAACGCCAGCAUGUACCACAUUCACGAGCGCAAGCAGCCGCCCUGGGUGCUCUGGUGACAUACACAGGUCAGCUCAGGACAGCCCCGCUGCCCGUGGGUGUGCCCUUGGCAAAACACCCCGAGGGACCUUCGCUGUCGCAUCAGGGCCUAAUCAACGACCAAGUCAAAUGUGAGGGUCAAAUCUGAGGGUUUUUGCGCUUACAUAAGGACGUGGCCUCGGCUGAAUGAGCCGGGACGCGUAUUUAUUGCUCAUCGUUUGUGGUAUUCGGCAAGGCGAUGUGUUUGGGUUUUCGUGUGUUUGUUGGGGUCAGAGGGUGCUGUUUUUUUUUUUGUAGCUCGCUGCAGUGAGGAAUUUGUCAUUUCCAGUCGUUCACUGGGGUCAUUAGUUAGCCAGGUAAGAGUGGUCUGCUGUGUUUGGGGUCUGGGAUACUGAGUUAGCCUGAAGUCAGCCAGUAGAGGGCAUAGGCGGGCCGCGGCUCGCCUACCUCAGCAGUGCCUGGGCGCCGCCUUGUCGCGAGUGGUCACCUCUGGGAGGCCGUAGUUUGUACGUUAUUGGUACCUAUUAGCUUCAGUAAUCCACCUGACAAAAUGUGACGAAGCGUUGUAGCAUGGGACGCCAUUGAAGGUCCUCCGUCUCCUCAGAGCCGGUCCCCGGGCCCUCUGGGAACCCCGUGCCCCCGCGGGGUGUUACCGGUAGUGGAUAGAGGUCGCUCAGAGCACUGUGAUAAAUAGGUGUGCCGCCGCGCGGGGGCACGCUGGUGGGUACUGGGCCGGCGAGCUCCGCGGGGCGGUAUCAGUCAGUUCCUUACAGAGCGGCUACUGCGUGAGGAGACGCAGUCGUGACUGCGUAGUACGCAGAACCGUGAUUGUGCGAGACGCAGCGUCAGGCAUUGUCUGCGAUCAGCAUGUGUUGGGUCAGCGCUGCGGAAUCACAUUUGCUGCAGAGUCACAUUUGCUGCAGAGAUGGAGCAGCAGUGGAAGCACGCAAACAUGCCGAGGCUCUCAGAGCCUCGCUAUGCACGAGCUUCGCCCUGCUCACAGGCGGGCUGCUGCUUCCUGAUUGGUAGACCCCACCUGCCGACAAGUCAUGUGAUUGACCAGACGUGUUACCGUCCCACCGGAGUGGAUUCGAUGGGCGGAGUGUGCGGACGGUGACAUCAGAGAGAGAGAUAGUGCUGGGGUGAGGAGGGUGCUGGAUCGCGCCUUUGUAUACGCCAGUCUGGAACCUUUUGAUGUGGUUAUCUAAUGGCGUUACUGUUUCUCGUCAUUCAGAUGUGAAAAUGCACGUAUUUCGUCAAGAAUUGGGUUAGCGGAUUGCUGAUUCGCAGAAUAAUAUUUGCCAGAAAAAAAAAUUGUUAUUUGAAUGGCCAUAUAUGUUAUUUUCAACUUAACUUUAGUUUCAGCUUAGUAAUUUCGGUUGCUUUGCGCCAGCCCCAGUUCGACUCAAACGUUCGUAGGUGUAUAAUAGCACCAAAGUUUCGUGGGUCCGGGAACAGUGCGUUGGUCAUUGAGCGAGAGUCUUGGUCGGGCUUCUUUAACGUGAACAUAUGUCUCCGCCACGGGUGAUAUACGAAGUUGUGCCUCAAUCAAACAAACUGCCAACUGGCAUGCAUGACGCGAGAAAAACCCAUGUAGACUUACCAUCAUUGUUUCUGCAUGUUCAUGAUGUUUAAAGGUGAUAAAGUGAAUUUUCGGUCGUCAGCUAGCGCUUUGGAUUGCGUCGGAGGAUUGCUGUUGAUUCCUAGUAACCUAUGCCAAUAGUCGUGUGCAUUAGGUGGGGGCUGCGUGGUAUGUUUUAUGCGAUCUCAGGUACAGUCAUCAGCAGUGGGUUUGUUGAUUUCAAUACAAAUUGCUCGGUGA